AUGGAUGUCGCGUCGCAGCAGCGAUUUUUCCCAGUCACACGCGCCGGAGCUUACUAUGCGGGGCUCCGGCCGUCCGCGGGGGCGUAUCUUACGCCUCGCUCGGGGUUACGAUACAACAUGUUUCUUCACUUUCAAUUAAGUAACGCGAAACAAACACACGCCCUCGCUGUACGUCCAACGCGUUCGCUUAGGACCGAUGUUCGCUGCCCGUGGGAGUUCCGUCGCGCCCACGCGGCGCGCAACCCGCGCGACGUCCACGGUGCACUAUUCCAACAACUGCGCUUCGCCAAUCCUGCGCGCGGCAGGUUUUCGCCCAGUCAGCCUGUUGUGCAACACGGCACUGUCAUCGUGGGAGCUCUCAGGACGGCGGAGGUGGGGCGCAGAGGUGCGGGCAGAGGCAGGGAGGCGUGGAGAACAGGAAAUGUGGCGAAGCAGGGGAAUCCAGUGAAACAGACGACCUCUGAAGACUCACUCUCCACGGGAAGUAUGCGAAUACUUUCGAUACAUUCUCGUAUAGCCUCUGACCACACAUUGCGCAUUCAUGGGGAGGCCGUGCCCCUCCCCUCUCCGCCCUCGCCCUCUCCCUGGCCGGUGGGAGCCGUGGAAGAGGGGAAGAGGGAGAGAGGGAGGGGGAGGGGGAAGGAGGCGAGCGCACGCGGUCCGCUGGCCCGGGGCCAAGCGAUUCGAGCAACGCCACUGGGCUUCGGAACGAGUUCAGAGCUGCACUGGCGGGAUGUCUCUAGUUCAAGGCGCUCUUGCCGAAAUUCUGUUCAUUUACGUCCGUCUGCCGACCUGCGUAGCGAAGACAGCUGCGGCGGCGACCGCGCCGCAGCGAAAGGCUGCGAGUUCGAAUCUCGCGAAAGCAAUGGAAGGUUACGUGAUGGUUUGCCAUUGCCCCGCCACAGAACGAAAACGGCCUUGGAUUACGCGGGAUUCGAACCAAGAACACCAGCGCGGGCCGGCGGUCACCGCGGUCGCGGCCGCUAUUUAGGUCGCCUGGUGAAAUGGCGAGCUGGGAGAAAGAAGACUCCGGGACACCUGCUGCGUACUCAUCGCUUCGCACCGCUGCCACGUGGAUCGUUCGGGCUUCGAAGCGAGUUUGUCGGACCUUCGAGGCAAAAUACAAAAAUUGAAAGGAUAUUAUACUACGUCAGCGAAUUUUCGACUGGCACCAGUCUUGUGACUAAAAUGGCGGCUUGA